GGGGUUACAAUGCAUCAUCAUCCCAAUCAUGUUCCCCAGGUCCCGUUCCAAGUGAUGCAUCAUAAUUGUCGCUAGUUUUGACUAUCUCGAGCAGGGGUGACUCGCAAUGGCCGGCAGCGGGAAGCAGCACAGAGGCGACGCAUUGGCGCACAGCGUACCAUAUACAGGUUGCCAAAUAGUCGAGACACGCUCCCAGCGUCCUUCAUCUGUCCUACAAGGCUCGCACUCAUUGGAGACGGAGGACCGUGGCGAGCUGCCCCUGUUCGCCCUGUGCAGGCCAAAUUCGCUGACAGGUGCUUCCGGGCUACGAACCUGCUGUGGAGAGUCAGUCGACGGGACCUUGAACUUCGACAUCGCCCAAUCGCAUCAAUCCCUGCCGUCCAUCCACACCAACCAGCCUGCAGCCCAUGCUGCAUCGAAACCAUUAACAACCCCUGACGUGAUUGCACCUCCUUCUGCAACCUGCAGAACCCACUGCCGGAUGCUUUACGCGCAGAGAAGCUCUGAUGAGUCUGAAUUCGCGAGGCAGAUUUCCAAGUCUUUCGCCGUCUCCACGACUCGGGAUGGGAAACAAAAGUGUUUCGGAUGCUCGAAUCCAUCAGACAUCCGCUACCGGCCCCUGCGCCGCCGGCGUCGAGAACCCCCGAAAGAGAGAAGCGAGCUAAGCGGCGGCCGGUGCAGCAGUCGCGAAACCACGCCGCAGAACCGACAGACAGUCAUUGACAGGCCCGCAUCAACUCUGGGGCCACUAUCAACCCACGCUUCAGGGGUACGCCUGCAGGAUUCGCGCAAUUGGCGUCAAUACACACUAGACUCAUUGAGAAUACACCCUCCCCUCCCCUCCCCCGCCCAGCCCGGCUCUCUCGUGGUUCCCGAUUUCCCAAGCAACUUGGAAUCUUGGAUUCCGGCAGCACCAGCUGCAGCCACACCGGCGUCCGUUGCGAGGUUCCCCCAACGCUGCCGGUACUGUCAGAUGAUGGUCUCCGAAAUGCAGAGUGAAGAGAAGAGAUUGAGAAGUCGUGGUGGGUCCAAGAACCCGAAAGUCUCCAAGACCGCCACCCCCCGCCUUCGCUUUUUAACUGUCUGGCCGUGGCCACCAGGAGCCCGUGUGUUACCACCUCGCUAUCCUCUUUUCAACCAUCCCGCAUUCACCUUUCCUGAUCAAUCAAACCAAAUUGAUACUGACAUCGUUCCGGUCUUCCUCUACAGGGGAACUCCAUAUCCAAAAGCGUGUUUGACAGAUGCCCGAGGCUUGACCUUUUUCCCACCUCGUCACCUCGAACCAGCAGCGGCAGAUCAGCAAGCCAGCAAGCGACUUUAAAUUUUUUUGUUUUAUUUCAUUGUUUCGGUGCAGCCAAAAGAUCCAGCGAGACAAACCAAUUCCCCAUUUUGGCCGUGCCGACUUUCCUUGCUGGGGGCGCGACCGUCAAACAAAGCAAAUAAAAAAAUUAAACCCGAAAUUCUUCGCUUUCUUCCGACGGAGACACCAGACUCGAUCCAGCAGGCACCCA